CUCCAAAACUGACCAUCGGAUCCCAUGCUAUCAUCAUGAAGGGUGUGUGUACAUUUCUUCUCCUUUUCGGGCUGGUCAUCGGGAGUCUGGCCAACAGUAAAAGUCAACUGAAACACGCUUUGGAACUAGUUGCAGAUAAAGCAAGAUUAGAAAAAGAGCUGCAAGGUGUAACAGUGCAGGAAAUCCGUGACAAAACUAAGCGACUGAAUGAUGACUUUACCGAUGCUUUGGGUCUGGCCAAACAAAUUGCUGAACUUAACGGUAUCCUGGAUGAAUCGAUGAUCCUCAAACCAGAGUUUGAAUCAUUAUCAGCACAAAUCGAAUCAAUAUUUUUUGAUGUCGAGAUGGAUGUUAACAAACUGCCAGACAUCGUCGACGACAUAGAUGACUGGACAUUCCUUGACCAGUGUGUAGAAGAUGCCUAUAAAACAGACUUCAACGAGAUCACAGACACAAGGGAGUUUCUUAACGAGGUUUUCCGCCAGAUCUACGUUUGCCAAGUAUCCGGACUGCAGUUUGCCGUCGACCUCACCGACUUCAAGAGCCUUCCCGACGAAAAAGUGACGAAGCAAUUGGCUGGACAGACGCUGGUUCUCCUGGAAGCCGCCGUAGUCGAGAUGGCUCAUCUUCUUAAAUUUCAAGACAAUUUUGUGGUCGGUGUUUUAAAAGACUACGGCACAAGUACUCACAACGAAUUGGUACAUGAUUUGAUAGGACUCGAGCCAUCUCCGUCACCAUCCCCAUCAAACCCACCUAAUGGCUCAGUUGUAAAGAAAGGAAGAGGGGAAGGUAAAUCUACUUCGCCUAAGCCACGUGGAGGAACCAGUCCAUCGCCGAGUGACAUAGAAGAUAAGAACGAUAAACGUGGUAGCAAAAAGGUAGGGAAGAACGGAGGGAAGAAAGGAGACACGGAAGGUAAACCAAUUUCACCUAAGCCACCUCGAGGAACCAGUCAAUCGCCGAACGACAUAGAAGAAGAGGACAAUGAAGAAAGAGGUCUGUUAUUCCGCAUUUUAAAUAUUCUCCGUGGUACCAAAAAGGCAGGGAAGAAAGGAGGGAAGAAAGGAGAUACGGAAGGUAAACCAACUUCACCUAAGCCACCUCGAGGAACUAGUCCAUCGCCGAGUGACGUAGAUGAUGAGGACGAUAAACGUGGAAGCAGAAAGGCAGGGAAGAAAGGAGGGAGGAAAGGAGAUAUGGAAGGUAAACCAGCUUCACCUAAGCCACGUGGAGGAACUAGUCCAUCGCCGAGUGACGUAGAUGAUGAGGACGAUAAACGUGGAAGCAGAAAGGCAGGGAAGAAAGGAGGGAGGAAAGGAGAUAUGGAAGGUAAACCAGCUUCACCUAAGCCACCUCGAGGAACUAGUCCAUCCCCGAGUGACAUAGAAGAUGAGGACGAUAAACUUGGAAGCAAAAAGGCAGGGAAGAAAGGAGGGAAGAAAGGAGAUAUGGAAGGUAAACCAACUUCACCUAAGCCACCUCGAGGAACCAGUCAAUCGCCGAGUGACAUAGAAGAUGAGGACCAUGAAGAAAGAGGUUUGUUAUUACGCAUUUUAAAUGUCCUCCGUGGUAGCAAAAAGGCAGGGAAGAAAGGAGGGAAGAAAGGAGAUAUGGAAGGUAAACCAGCUUCACCUAAGCCACCUCGAGGAACUAGUCCAUCCCCGAGUGACAUAAAAGAUGAGGACGAUAAACUUGGAAGCAAAAAGGCAGGGAAGAAAGGAGGGAAGAAAGGAGAUAUGAAAGGUAAACCUACUUCUCCUAAGCCACCUCGAGGAACUAGUCCAUCGCCGAGUGACAUAGAAGAUGAGGACGAGGAAGACAAACGUGGAAGCAAAAGGGCGGGAAAGUCGUUAAAAAUAGAAAUCGAUGGCUUUCUUGACAAAGUAAAAUCACAUAUGAAAAGACGGUUCGGAAAAAACAAAGGGUAAAGUACAUGGAUGUAGUUCACUUAAAACAUAACAUAAAUCAGUAGCAUCAGGAAAAACCAUGCAAAAAUCUGUUUCUUUAUUCUCAUAUAUCAUGAUAUAUUUUUUCUGAGUAUUUUUCAUCAUAGACAUAGAAUGUUGCUUUAUACAGAGGUAUCUUGAAAUUUCUUCUCUUAUUCUCAUUAAAAUAUUGCAAGUUAAUA